GCAGCAGCAGCAGCAACAACAACAGCAAUCUAGGUGGUGGAGAGGAGAGGGAGAGCAAGAGAGAGGGCCAUACUCGAUUCGAACAGCAUGUGAGCUAAUCAGCGAAGCAGCGAUUUCUACAAACAUUUCUGCUUCUUAAGGCCACCAAAAAAAAGCGAAGAAGAAGUGCUACAAAUUAUUAAUAAUUUAGUUAAUGAUUUAUUCAAGUGACGUCGCGUGUUUUUCUCCUGUUUUUUGCCCAAUAAUCAAAACAACAACGGCAGUGGGAGAGGGAGAGAGAGACAAGAAACGGGAGCGAAGAAAAACAGUUAACUUUGUGGCCACCAAAAAGCGCAGUCGAGAAGAAGAAGAGAAAGAGAUUGGGGAGCGAUUUUAAGUAAAAUACGAAUUGAAUCAUUCGUAUUUAUUGGUUUUUGGUUUUAAACAAGAAAAUCCGUGUGAAAAUAGUGAACAAAUUUCGAAGCGAACAAAACGCUGCUGCUGCGCUGCCACAGAGGCACCACAGCAAUCUUAUCGCCCCAAAAAAAAAAAAAAGAAAUAUAUAUAAUAUUCCAGAGACCUCAGAAAAACUGAUGGUUUCUAGCCAUGGACUAUUGAUUCCCCCGAAUAAUAUCCAGUGAAAAGCGAAGAAAAGUCGGGAAAAAUGACGGACUUUGUGGAGCUGAUGAACAGCAUGUCGAGUACUUUCAACAGCGACUGUGCCACUUCGACGGCCGAGGGGGGGACGCUGCUCAACUUGGAUUUGGCCGAGGACAAGACGCUCAAGUGGCGCAAUUUGGCCAACAAUCAGUUUGCCUGCAAGGACAAGAAGCACAGGGAGAGGGAGGAAAAGGAGGAGGAGAGGGAGAGGGAGGAGAACAAGGAGGAGCAGGAAUCCAGAAAUCAGGAUGUGGAAAUCGAGGAUAUCAAGGGACUUUUGGCGGAUGUUGUGGAUGCGGCGGCUGUCAAGUUGGAGGAAGAAGAAGCAGCUGCAGCGGAGGCCAAACAGCAGAAUGCAGAAAAGCUAGAAGGAAGCAGCGGGGAAAAGGAAGAGCAACAGCAACAACAACAAAAGGAAGAAGUAGAAGAAGAGGAGCAAGUGGAGCAGCGAAAGGAAGAAGAGGAAAAAGCCUUGGAAAAGGAAGAGGCAGAGGAGGAGGAGCAGGGAAAGGAGGUUGCAGCAGAAGAAGAAGAAGCAAAAGCAGCAGAAAAACAGGAAGCAAGUGCAGAAUUAACAACAACAACAGGAGAAGCAGCAGGAGAAGCAAGAGAACCAGCAACAACAAAUGAGGCAGCAUCUCCACUUGUUGUUGAGGCAGCGGCAGCAGCUGAUAAAAAUGAACAGCUUUCGCCAGGAGGAACGCGACGCUCUAGGAAAACGCCGCGCAGUGCCACGCCCACUCCCACGCCCACCACCGAUGAGCCACCCGCCCAGUUGAAGAUUACCGAGUUGGAGGCAUUGGAACUCCCAAAAGAGGCUGAUAAUCGCCUGGAGGAGAUCAGCACGCUGGAGGAGAUCUCAGCAGCAGCUGGUGGUGGUCAGGAGAUAAAGCCGUCGUCCAUGACCACUUCUUCCCCGGAGGAGAACUCUGCACCUGCUCCCAAACGAGGAAGAGGUCGAGCCAAGAAAAUAAGACCAGAUGUGACCGAAAUGCCAGUGGAAACCAGUGAAAUUCUGCCUCCAGGCGAGGAUUCGGUGGUGGAGAAGAAGCCGGGACGCAAGAGGAAGCUGCCGGAGGAACAAAUGGACCAUCUCAGUGACCUGGUGGUGGUGAAAACCGAGCAGGAGGAGCUGGCAUUGGAUGCUCCCUCGGGUGGCGAUGGAAAAAGGAUGCGUCGCAGUGUCCGACUGGGCAAUCGCUUACCCGCCGAUGGAGGCGCCUGGGAGGAGGUGAAGACUGAGCCGGCAGAGCUCUCCUUCAUUGAGGUCACUCCGGUGCCAAUGCCACCAGCUGCGGUGCUCGAUGAGAAGACCCCUCCUAAGAAACGAGGUCGCAAGGCCAAGAUUCCGCCAGGCAGCUCCACCUCCUCCGCCGCACUUCCUGCCCUGACCAAUGGCAGCCAGAAGAAGACCACUCCCACAGCUGGAGGAUCAUCCGAGUUGCAACUGCCCAAGCGCUCCAAGAGGCGCAUCAAGCCCACGCCCAAGAUCCUAGAGAACGAUGAGCUGCGCUGCGAGUUCGAGACGAAGCACAUCGAGCGAAUGACCCACUGGGAGAGUGCAGCAGCAGCAGCAGCUUCAGCAGCGGAUGGGGAAUUUGAGACACCAACAGGAGGCGGUUCCAAUUCAUCAACUUCGCGGCAAAAGAGCGACAAAUCCGAUGGCAGCAACUUCGAUGGCGUUCCAGGUCAUCCAGCCGGCACGAGUGCCAUCAAGAAGCGGCUCUUCUCCAAGUCGCAGCGCGACAUCGAGAACUACGGAGCCGCCAUGCUGGCCAAGAGCAAGGUGCGUCCCUGUCCGGAUGUCGAGCAGUUCCUCAGCGACAUCAAGGCGUCGCGCAUCAUGGCGAAUCGCUCGCCGGAGGAGCGCAAGCUGAACAAGAAGCAGCAAAGGAAGCUGGCCAAGCAGAAGGAGAAGCACCUGAAGCAUCUGGGACUGCAGCGUAAUCACAGCGAGGAGGCCUCCGACAACGAUAGUUCCAAUACGGACAAUGAGUUUGUGCCCACGACCAGGGUGCAGGUGGGCAAGCCCAGUGUUACGCUGAGGGUGAGGAACACGGUGGCCAAGGAGCUGCCCACAACAUCCGCGGCAGCAGCUGCUCAGAAAGCCAACCUAAAGCCAGCCAAACUCACGAGAAGAGUGGCAGUAAAAGGAGGAGCUGGAGGAGUAGCUGGAUCAACCACGCUCGAUCCAGAACAACUGCACUCGCUGAACACCUCGAUCCUGGCCGAUGCUGCGCCCAUCAGAGAACUGGAUGCCCGGCCCAGCACCUCGAAAGUGGCCAAGUUCAUUUGCCUGUGCCAGAAGAGUUCGCAGUACUAUGCCAGGAAUGCGCCGGAUUCGUCCUACUGCUGUGCCAUCGAUCACAUUGACGAGCAGAAGAUCGGCUGCUGCAACGAGCUCUCCUCGGAGGUGCACAACCUCCUGCGUCCCAGCCAAAGGGUCAGCUAUAUGAUCCUGUGCGACGAGCACAAGAAGCGCCUGCACUCGCACAACUGCUGUGCAGGAUGCGGGAUCUUCUGCACGCAGGGUAAAUUUGUGCUGUGCAAGCAACAGCAUUUCUUUCAUCCCGACUGCGCCCAGCGCUUCAUCCUAAACACUCCCUACGAGGAGGGACGUAAUGGCGACCAAGAGGAACCGGCAGCCAAGUUCAGCAGUCCCAUGCUGGUGCUCAAGUGCCCGCACUGCGGACUGGACACGCCCGAGCGCACCUCCACGGUGACCAUGAAGUGCCAGUCGCUGCCCGUCUUUCUGCCCACCCAGAAGUACAAGAUCAAACCCGCCAAGUUGACUACCUCCUCACAUCUGGCGCAAUUCGGAGCGGCUGGAAAGGUCAGCAGCAGCAGUCCAGGAGCCAAGGUUAAAGGCAAGGGAGGAUCUUCCGCUGCUGCAGCAACCAGUUCAGCUUCGAAGUCGAACGGCAGCCAACGGAGCAAAGCAGCAGGAAGCCAUGCCCUCAACACAAUCAACUUUGCCCAGCUGAUUCCCGACUCCGUGAUGAACGUGGUGCUGCGCGGCCAUGUGGUUUCGGCCAGUGGACGCGUGACCACGGAGUUUACCUCCCGGGAUAUGUACUAUGCGGUGCAAAACGAUGACUUGGAAAGGGUGGCGGAGAUUCUGGCUGCCGACUUCAAUGUGCUGACCCCCAUUCGGGAGUACUUGAACGGCACCUGCCUGCAUUUGGUGGCCCAUUCGGGCAGCCUCCAGAUGGCCUACCUGCUGCUCUGCAAGGGCGCCAGUUCGCAGGAUUUCGUCAACAUAGUGGACAGCGAACUGCGGACGGCAUUGAUGUGUGCGGUGAUGAACGAGAAGUGCGACAUGCUCAAUCUCUUUCUGCAGUGCGGAGCCGAUGUGGCCAUCAAGGGCCCCGAUGGCAAGACCUGUCUGCAUAUUGCCGCCAAGCUGGGCAACGUGGAGGCCACCCAGUUGAUUGUGGAGAGCUACCGAGCUUCGCGGAACAUCACCAGCUUCCUGAGCUUCAUCGAUGCCCAGGAUGAGGGCGGUUGGACGGCCAUGGUGUGGGCAGCGGAGCUGGGACACACGGAUAUCGUUAGCUUCCUGCUCAACCAGGAGGCCGAUCCGAACAUCUGCGACAACGACAACAACACGGUGCUCCACUGGUCGACGCUGCACAACGAUGGUCUGGACACGAUUACGGUGCUGCUGCAGGCGGGUGCUGAUUGUAAUGUGCAGAAUGUGGAGGGGGAUACGCCACUCCACAUUGCCUGCCGUCACUCGGUCACCCGCAUGUGCAUCGCUCUGAUUGCCAACGGCGCCGAUCUGAUGAUCAAGAACAAGGCGGAGCAGCUGCCCUUCGACUGCAUCCCCAACGAGGAGUCCGAAUGCGGCCGCACCGUGGGCUUCAACAUGCAGAUGCGCAGCUUCCGACCGCUGGGCCUGCGCACCUUUGUGGUCUGUGCCGAUGCCUCGAAUGGCCGCGAGGCACGACCCAUUCAGGCGGUGCGCAACGAACUGGCGAUGUCCGAGAGCGAGGACGAGGCCGAUUCGCUGAUGUGGCCGGACUUCCGCUACGUGACGCAGUGCAUCAUCCAGCAGAACUCGGUGCAGAUCGACCGGCGCGUCUCGCAGAUGCGCAUCUGCUCCUGCCCGGACAGCUGCAGCAGCGAUCGGUGCCAGUGCAACGGAGCCUCCUCGCAGAACUGGUACACCGCCGAGAGCCGCCUCACCGCCGACUUCAACUACGACGAUCCGGCGGUGAUCUUCGAGUGCAACGACGUCUGCGGCUGCAAUCAGCUCUCCUGCAAGAACCGCGUGGUUCAGAACGGAACAAGGACACCGCUGCAGAUCGUCGAGUGCGAGGAACAGGCCAAAGGAUGGGGCGUUCGGGCACUGGCCAAUGUGCCCAAAGGCACCUUCGUGGCCAGCUACACGGGCGAGAUCCUGACCGCCAUGGAGGCCGAUCGGCGCACCGACGACAGCUACUACUUUGACCUGGACAACGGGCACUGCAUCGAUGCCAACUACUAUGGGAAUGUGACCCGCUUCUUCAACCACUCGUGCGAGCCGAAUGUGCUGCCAGUUCGCGUCUUCUACGAGCACCAGGACUACCGCUUCCCCAAGAUCGCCUUCUUCGCCUGCCGCGACAUCGAUGCCGGGGAGGAGAUUUGCUACGACUACGGCGAGAAGUUCUGGCGCGUGGAGCACCGCUCCAGUGUGGGCUGCCGCUGCCUAGCCGCCUCCUGCAAGUACGCCUCCCAAUCCUCAAGCACAAAUGCCUCGCCCACGGAUGCAGCGACUGCAGCGGAACCGGAAACGGUAACGCAGCCACCUGCAAAUGCAAAUGAAAAUGCAAAUGCCUCGGAGGAGAUGGAGCAGGCGUAGGCCGCCACCACCAUGACCUCAACUCGAAAUGAUUCCAGAAUCCCCACCAAAAGCCACAAGCCACCAGCAACCAAGCCACAUACAUCGGACAGCCGACAUCUGACAUCACAGCACCAGCAGGAAAGAUCGCCAUAUAUGUAGUAUAUAUAGUAUAUAUCAUAUGCAUGAUGAAUCGAAAUGGGAGCCCGUCAAAAAGGAAGGGCCUUCUUCUUCGACUGCCAAAUGUUUCAUGGUUUACAAAUUUUUUGUCUAUUUUUAUGCAUACAGUUAGUGUUUGUUUAUUAUUAAUUUUAUUUGGUUUUUAUUCAUUUGUUUAC